AUGACUUCAUCGUCAUCCACCUCCUAUCCUUCCCCUCCUAAAGACGUUAUCGUCAAAAUCAAUGGCCAAGAUUACUUUAAGGAACGCACUAAAACUAGCGAGAAUACUAGUACUAAUAAUGCAGGUAGAAUGUGGAAGGACUCGACUUACAAUUUCUCCAACGACGCCGUUAUGAGAGUUGCUGCGAACAACAAGGAUUUCUAUUUCGUAACUGAGUCUUUGUUAUCUCGUAUAGCCGAGAGUCUGAGUACCAACUACGGCCAGUUGACGCCAAAGGAAGUCCGGGACUACAACCCCAGAAAUGAACAGACUUUCCACUUCAUUCCAAUGCCGAUGGUGACUCGUGAAGCGCGAUCCAGCAAUCUGAAAUCUGGUCCAGCAUCAACAACGUGCACGCAGUCAGUUAUUCCUGAAGUUCCAACCGAUGUUGUGAACUUUGACGAUGUUGUGGACGACUGGAAUGAUCAGGAAGAUGCGGAAGCUGCCUAUUCAUCUGCUUCAAGGGCAGGAAAACGACAACGCUAA